AUGGCGCACCCCGAGAAAGACGACCACGAGCCCGAGAAAGUCAACCAUGGGCCCGAGCACGUCGAGGACGCGGCGAGCAUCGACAAGGGGAAACCGCCGCCAUACAGCAACCUGACAGCGCUCGCGCACGCUGCCGCGUCGGAGAAGGCGUACACGCCAUGGCAGGCGGUCCGGGUGUACUGGCAGGCGACGCUUUGGUGUCUGUUCAUGUGCAUGGGCGCGCUGCUGUGGGGCUAUGACUCUCAAGUCGGAGGCGGUCUGCUCAGUGUACCGUCUUUCCGUCGGGACUUCGGCUUCUACAGCGGAGGCGCAGGAGAAUACAUACUUGCGGCGCAAUGGCAGAGCGCCUUCAACAGUGUCAGCUCCAUUGGCGGCAUGUUUGGUGGCCUGUCCCUGGGCUAUGUCUCUGAUAAGCUCGGACGGAGAGGUGCAAUGGGUGUUUGCUGCAUUGUGUCCAUCGUGGGCAUUUUCAUCCAAUUCUUCACGUACCCGCACAAGAACGCGCAGCUCAUCGUCGGGAAACUAGUCAACGGGUAUGCCUUGGGCAUGUACGUCUCCGGGGCAAGCUCGUACUGUGCCGAGGUGUCGCCCCUGGCGCUGCGUGGUAUCACGACGUCAUCGGUGAACCUCUGGAUCGUUCUCGGACAAUUGAUGUCGAACGGCGUCAUUGAAGGCACAGGCAGCUGGACGUCCUCAUACGCAUAUAGGCUACCCUUCGCCCUCCAAUGGAUCUUCCCGGUCAUCCUGCUCAUUGGCCUCCCCUUCGCGCCCGAGUCGCCGUGGUGGCUCGUGCGCAGGGGCCGGAAGGACGAUGCGCGCGGGAUCCUCGUGCGCCUCUCGGACGGCUCGUCGGACGUCGACAUGCAGCUCCGGCAAAUCCAGGACACGAUCGCGCUCGAGGACAGCUUCGCGGCGAACUCGACGUAUGCGGAUUGCUUCAGAGGGGUGAAUGGCAGGCGGACGAUGAUUGCGUGUAUGGUGUUCGUUCUGCAGCAGGCGGCAGGCGUGGUAUUCGUCCUGGGAUACAGCACGUACUUCUUCGAGCUCGCCGGAUUCCAGGACAGCAACGCGUUCCGGCUCGGCGUUGGCGUGACUGGCAUUGGUGUCGCGGGCAACCUGAUCAACUUCUACACGGUGAACAAGGUCGGCCGGCGAUCUAUGUUCAACUGGACGAUGUUCGCGAGCACGAUCGUGCUCUUCCUCAUCGGCUUCCUCGCCAUCCCGUCGAAUAACCAGAGCGCGAAGUGGGCGAUGGCGUCCUUCACGAUCAUCUACAACUUCAUCUAUCAACUCGGAUUGGGCCCACUCGGGUACGUCAUCUUCGCCGAAGUCUCCUCCGCGAAGCUGCGCUCCAAGACGGUUGGCAUUGGUAUCCUCGUCAAUUCGCUCUGCGGUAUGGUCAUGAACAUCAUCAUCCCGUACCUGGUGACCCCGGACGAGGCGAACCUCGGCGGGAAGGUCGGCUUCAUCUUUGGCGGGCUCUGCGCGAUCGGCACGGCGUGGGGAUACUUCUACAUCCCCGAGACCAAGAACCGGACCGUUGACGAGCUGGACACGAUGUUCGAGCGCAAGGUCGCGCCACGCAAGUUCGGCACGUACGUGAUCGAGGAGGAGGAUCUGCCUGUGCCUGCGCAGGAGAUUGCAAGUUCAUGA